GCCUUUUGUAAAACUCGCCUUUUGUAAUCUUUCAUUUCCUAUUUUCAUCACUUACACUGUAAGAAAUCAAACGUCGUCGUCUCCUUCAUCUACAUUCCUCCGCCGUAAUGUCCGACACCGUAGCAGACGAAAUCCCGGUCACCGGAGAAAUGCAUCAAACUCGCGACACCGAACAACCACAACCACCACCAGCACCACAAUCGGCAGAAAAUCUUUCCGAAAAGAUGGAGAAGAUGAACAUUUCUGGUUCAUCCUUCAGCAUUUGGCCUCCAACUGAGCGAACCAGAGAUGCCGUAAUCAACCGUCUCAUCGAGACACUUUCCACUCCAUCCGUCCUCUCCAAGCGCUACGGAUCGAUGCCUUCCGACGAAGCUUCUUCCACCGCUAGAGCCAUCGAAGAAGAAGCCUACAACGCCGCCGCCGAUUCCUCCUCCACCACCGCCGCCGACGCGUCUUCUGGUCCGGCUUCCUCCAUUGAUGAAGGUAUCGAGAUUCUUCAGGUUUAUUCUAAAGAGAUUAGCAAGCGGAUGCUUGACGCUGUCAAAUCUAGGGCUGCAACUCCUCCAUCCGAGGACUCUGCUGCACCUGAAUCAGAUCAUGUUACCGUUAAAAGUGAGGAAGUUUCUUCUUCCGUUAAUGAUGAAUCUUCGUCUUAGGGUUUCAAUUCGAUCGUCCAACCGUUGCAAUGAUUCAGCAAUGCUAAGCCGGGAUAUGUCGAAUGCACUGAGGUGGGCCGCAUCGUUUCACAUGGAAGCCGAGUUUUGCCGAGGUGACUGCAUCAUUAGUUUUGGUGUUGUGUCCUAGAAAAAAGGCUGAAUGUAGUAGUAUACUUCAUACUUUGUUAUUUUGGCUCAAAGCUGCUUGUAUUAUGUAGCUUCGCUUUUGGUACGGCUAAAUGUUAUGGUACUUGAGAUUCGUUGUAACACAUGGAAUUUAUAUGACUUGUGUUUGAGUUUUUCUUAUGAUAUAA